GUACCACUUAUUAAUUCUUAUUAAAAAGUAAUUAAUAUUUUGUUGUUUUUUAAAAAUACAGAAUAUAUCAUAUAUCAUUAGAUAUAAAUGUAUUUUACUUACUUUGUAUUCAUCUACAUAUCUAAUGGAAUAUAGCUUGAAUAAACCAUAAAUUGUUUUUUUGUUAAAAAUCUAUGAUGAUUUUUCGUAGCAGUGUUAUACUCAAUAAUUUCUAGAUAUAUUUCUACUGCUCCAUCUUUAAAUUAUUUAUCAGGACAAAAGACUUUUAUAAAAAACCGAAAACCGCUUCGCUUGGAAACAAAAUCUUGAAAGCGUAUGCGUAAUCUUUUUUAACUUGAUUAGUAGAGAAUAUUUUCCUUUUCGCUUUUUAGAUGUCACUGUGAUAACAUUUGACGAUAUUCUCGUUGAAUCAAGUAGAGCUGAGUCAAUUCCAAAUGGCUAUAAGAAUCUAACAUGGUCGGAGGCCGGCUUUACAAAUGCUAUUAGCAACACAAAAUCUGGCUAUCGCAAUGGACUCGUUUCCGGACAGUUCGUUGGAAUGACGUACGAUCGUCAGCCGCUGACCAUAACGUCUGAUCGGUUGUUUAUACUGAAGUUGUUUUGGGCAACGGCUGCUUGGAAUGAUAACUUAACAUUAGCCAUCACUGGCUCCUCAGGUGGAAAACCACAUCCAGCGUUUACGAGUUACAGCGCAACACAUGUUGUCUUGGAUGAUUGGGCUCUCGAAUUGUAA